AUGGAACAAUCACAACUACAAGCACAACUCGAUCCUAACACAUACCAAGAGCUAGAUGCUCUUCGAGGCAAACUAUGGUCAUUGCAAGAGACAUUUUCCUCCCAUCUCACCUAUUUAAAAGAACCCAAAUUCCCAUUCGCAUGGCCAGACUUACUCAAUAAAUUCAACAUUCUGACCGCAAGAUUCGCGUCCCUCUCUGAAGACUUUUACAGCUAUACCGAAAAGGGGAGCAAUGCGACACUACCAAAACUGAUGGUUCAUCCUUAUAUACCCACCACAACCGAGCAAGAGACCAAUAUUUUAAGCGUUUUGCUAAGAACCAAGCUCAUUCCAGAUAUAGAAAGGUUGGAGGCAGAGACUCAAGCAACAAUUGCCCAGGAACUGCUAUCCGAUAACGGAGCAGCGACAGCAGCAUCACAAUCUGCUCAUAAUGUGGAUGAUGAACAACUCAUAUACGAGCAGUUGAAGCAGUGGAAUCACUUGCUGGAGCGCCAUGAUCGGUUAGCUGUGGAUGCAGCUAAUUUUAUCAGUGAACUAUCCACAGAUCAUCGGCCUAAUUUCAUGCUGCGUUACGAGGAUCAAGUAGAAGAAGACGAGGACGAGGAUGAGGACGAAGAGAUGGAGGAAGAACAAGAAUGGGAAAAGAUGGGCUUUCCAUCAGAGGAAAUUUGGAAAAAGUGGAAACUAGAAUGUUUGAUGAAUUUCUAUAGUAGUGGCAAAAAUGAAGUGAUUGGUAGUGAUCUCAAAAAGUUAGCAACAGCUACCAAGAAAUAA